UCUAUUCUUAAAGACUUAAUUUGUUUAGUGUUUAAAAUAUUUUAGUUUUUAAUAUCAAUCAUUACAUCCAUAAUGUCGAGUCCAUCUCCCGGACCACUGGCCAGUGGGCAGUCAUUAAUAGGUUCUGUUCCGACACGAAGAGUGAACAAUAAUAGCUUUGGGGGACUGUCAUCACUGGGCCAGAGUGUGGGUCAACCAACAGGACCAGUGACACCACCGCUGCCACAGCAUUCACAACACUCUCCCAAUUCAUUUUUAGCUGGAUUUUCAUCGCGACUCAUAUCAAAUCGUAACCGAAUGCCUGAUCUCAUGGACAUUACCGGUGGCGGCACUUUCACCAACAAUACGAGUCUACUAGGAAUGAGUAAUAGAAAUUCAAUGCAUACUUUUGGUGUGGUUGGAGGUUCAGUUGGGGGUCCGCCCGCACCUUCAUUAGACAUGACUGAGUUUCCUACACUUGGAGGAAGCAAUUCCAACAGUCUUAUAACCCAAAACUCAUCCUCUUCUCGACAACCCUAUGUAGGGAUGGUUAAGGACAAUGUGACCAACAAUUCAACAUCAAAUGAAUUUAAUAUACAGAGUGAAGACUUCCCAGCGCUGCCCGGAUCUAAUCCAAGCAUCCAUUUUGGAAGCAAUCAUAACGACGAUUCUUCAUUAAGUAGUGCGUCCACAGCUAUGUCUUUAGGAGCAAAUAAUAUGCAAAAUAUGGGCCGAACUUCGGGAGGUAUCAUCAGUAGCAACGGUUCAGGAGAUGCGAGUAUGAGAUAUAAAAAGGGAAUUCAGACCAACAAAGAGGGUCGAGUCAGUAAUAUUCCUCAUGGAAUGGUUACCGACCAGUUCGGGAUGGUUGGUCUCUUGACUUUUAUACGCGCCGCUGAGGCCGACCAAAGCUUAGUUUCAUUAGCGUUAGGAACAGAUCUAACGACUCUCGGACUUAAUCUCAAUUCAAACGAACCGUUGUAUCAGACAUUUGCUGGUCCCUGGAGUGAUCAACCUCUUAAACCCCCUGAAAUUGACUAUCCCGUUCCCACUGAAUACUUGAUAAAUGCGUCGAUCAGAGACAAGUUAGCACCACUUAAGCUCAACCGUUACGGUGACGACCUUUUAUUUUUCCUCUUCUAUAUGUAUGCCGGAGAUAUUAUUCAAAUUUUAGCCGCUAGUGAACUUUAUGUUCGCGACUGGAGAUAUCAUAAAGACGAAAGAGUUUGGAUAACACGGGCUCCGGGAAUGUUACCAUCAGAUAAACAGCCGACUUAUGAAAGGGGAACCUAUUAUUUCUUUGAUCCACACAAUUGGCGUAAAGUAGCGAAAGAAUUUCAUUUAGAGUACGAGCGGCUCGAGAACAGGCCGGCCGCCGCCGCCUUUUCUAACGCACCGCUUAACUCAUAAAAUUGAAAUUGC